AUGUCUAGAUAUGAUAGAUAUAAAGAUAUACCUAUAUACUUAAAGAAUCAUUUUCUGUGAUCAAACAACCUAUAUCUUAAUUGAGAUUAAGAUUUAGUAAUCAGUCUGAAAAUAUUAUUUUCAUAAAAAGGCAUAGCUCCAGAUCCAGUAAUAAUCAUUCUCACUCCCCCCCCCCCUCCGUGAGCGAACAAAACCAUUAGAAAAAUCGCCAUUUUUUGACCAAAAACCCACCCUCCGUGAGUGAACAAAAAUUUUUUUUAAUAGAAAAAAUUUUAAUGGAAAAAAAUUUUGAUAUAUAAGUGAUAAUUAGUAUAAUGAAAUCUAGAGCUAAUUCUGUUUAAUUUUAAACAAAUUGCGUUUUAAAACAUAAAUUUUGCAAAUUAAAUUAAUAUUUGCUUCCCAAUUUUUGCAAAUUAGGAUUUUUUUUUUUAAAAAAAUUUCGAAAAAAAUAUUUUUUAUAAAAUUUAUAUAUAAAUUUUUUUAAAAAAAAAAAAAAAAACCCCCCUCCGUGAGCGAACAAAAUUUUUUUUUGUUCGCUCACGGAGGGGGGGGGGGGGAGUCAGCAAUAUAAAGUAUUGUAUGACUCCUCUCAAAGUGAAAGGGGAAAUGACAGAAGAAACGAUUACAGGGAUGACAGAGAUCGACAUCGAAGAGAUGACAGACGAGAUGAUAGAUGAGAUUACAGACGAGACGACCGAAGAGACGACAGAAGGGAUGACAGACGUGACGAUAAAUACAGAAGAGAUGAUCGAAGCUAUGAAAGAAGAAAAAGCAGAUCACGAACUCCUCCAAGAAAGCGAUCUCCUUCCCCUCAACUAUUGGAUGCCAUUUUGGAGGGGCAUAUUUCAGAAAACUUAGAAGUCAAUAACAAGGCCUAUAAAUGUGUGGUAGAUGAUUUCAAAGUAAAACUAGAAAACAAUAUUGAUCCACUCAAUUUUUCACCGCAGCCGAUUUUAGCUUGGCCAAUUGAUGAAGACAUGGACAACAUUAUUGAGGAUUCAAGAAAAUUGAGAUCACUCACAAUGCAAAUUGACCAUAAUUUGGGUGAUACAAAGCUGAAGGUUUUCCAGGCUGAGCUGAAGGUUAAAGAAUGCGAAGAUGCUCUUAGGCUGAUUAGAGAGCAAAUGAAUAGUUAUGAAAUUUAA